AUGAGCACGUUAACCGUGUUCUUCGUGGGCGCGCUCGCCGUCUUUUACUUCUGCCGUGUACCUGUCACUCACGGGGAGAUGGGAGAUUAUGACGACGAUCCACCGUCACCUCUAAAAAUUCCUGCCGCUAUUGGAGCAAAUGAUGUGAAUCCACCAUCACCAUUGCCAACUACUCCUGGGAUCAUGGCACCGCCAGCGAUGAAGAAGUGCCCGACCAACCGGGUGAAGUAUACGGAAAAGAUACGUGGUCUGUUCCAGACGAAGAAUUUGCCGGACUUCUUCAAGAACGAUUAUAACCCAUCGGCAACAUCCUCCGAACCGAAUGUACUCGUCAAAGACUGGUUUAAAAUGACAGCCCACCGCCUACAGGGAGUUAAACAGCAACCGUUUUGGACCUCCAUCAACGUUGAUAAGGAUGCUGGAACUUCAAAAAUGGUGAUAAGGAUAAUAAAAGAUGGCUUCAACAAUGUUGAUAAGGAAGACGUUGACAAGGGGACAGUGGAAAAUUUCCACCCAGAUUUUGUCAUUGAAUCCGAGAAUUCCCUUGAAUUCGCACCUGACCCGAACGAUGGAAAAUUUCAUUUUAACCCUGAUAAACUAGAAGAUGGUAAACAAGGGGAAGAAGAACCCCACGACUUCAGCUUCCAAGAUCAAAUCGACCGGCCCACAAUAGUUAACCAGGAAAUCGAGCCUCGUCGCGAAAUUCGUCAGAAUUCUAACUUAGGUAACUCUAAGACACUUGUCGCCGAUGAACUGAAUAAACUACGAACUGGAAUGGCUAAUAAAGAAUACCGCUUCCCCGUCUCCCUACUGCCCGCCAACCUGCGCUGGUUGAAAAUUAACCAUCCCAGUACUGAAACCCAGACUAAGAAGAGUUCUCACGGGGCUGACACGGUGUCCAGAAAACCUCAGAUCUUCACUCGUAACUCGGAAUCUCGCACGUUGAAGUCACUUUAUGAUGUGUCUAUUCUAGCUGGUAUCUGCAUUGGAACUAUUGUGGCGCUUUUUGUACUGACUUUUGUAUGCUAUAGAGUUUCGAAGAAGGUGAAGAUAGUGGCAGAGGAUGUGUGCUAUCCCCCUUACGGCGUCACCGGCCCAACUCUAGAGACUACAUCAGAUCCAAAACUCGGCCAAUCUGCACAAAUGUUUCAUUACCAACAUCAGAAACAGGAAAUGCUAUCGAUGGAGAAGGUUGGAACGGACCCUCGUAAUGGCUCGGUAUCUAACCCCGAUUCCGAAGAGGAGAACGCGGAAGGCGACUAUACCGUAUACGAAUGCCCUGGUUUCGCUACAACUGGCAACAUGGAAGUGAAAAACCCGAUGUUCGUGGAAGAAUCUACCCUCUCUACCAACGGCAAGUGUGAAGUGGUGCUUACCCAGCCCAAAGCUUGA